GAACCAACUUCUUGGAAAGGAGCCAUUGGUCUGUCCAGCCUGUAGCCCUGAAAUGGUGGCUGUUUCUGUGGAUGGCAACAGAAAGUUGUACAGGUUCCAGAAAACAAACCAGAGUGAAGAGCCAGGGUUCUUCGAUGGAGUGUUUUUAGCCCGAGACUCUGAGGUGUCCAGUUUUGUUGAGGAGGUCCGGGGAACUGUCAAGAGUACCGCAGGAAAAGCGAUGUGUGGUGACACCCAAUGGAAUGCAGCAAGAGAGACUUCAAAGCGGGCCAACAAGUUGGAUGAAGAAGGUGUGGAAAUUGCUGUGUGUAGACAUGGAUUUCUUCUCAAAGGUCUGAAUAUGUAUAGAGGAGAAAUCUUUGCAUAUCCAAUGUUUCUCCAAAAAGAGUUCCAGAGUGCUACAUUUUUGGCCAUGGAUGUAACCUGCCGAUAUGUGCCAUACUUGACAAGUGUCAGAGGCCCUGACGCAUCUUCAACCCCUUCAGGAAAUGAGGCAUUGCUUGUCUGUGAUGCAUGCCAAAGCCCACAAUACAAAAUGCGAGAUUCUGUGGACUGCAAGGAACCAGGAGGGCGCCGGCACCACUCUCGGUGAAGAAGUAGAGCAAGUGAAUAGUUUUCUCUCCAGAUGUGCCCUUACCACCAAGUAUAUGGCCAAGUCAGUAAGAACUGACAUGCUGACUGUCCAUGCUAUGGGGUGGAAUGAACGGAAAGAGAAUGGCCUCCAUAUAGCCUUGUCUUCUAGAUUCAAGAAGACAGUAGAGAAGACUGUGGAUGUAGCUGAGAGCCUGAAGACAAUGCAGGAGCAGUUGCAUUGCUGUGAUGACAUGCUGAAACAAUGGGUUGUUGAUGUCAAGCAGUGGGCCAGUAGCAGAAGCGCAGCACCUGGUCCUGUUGAUGCUCAAAGUUUGCAGAUCACAAUCGAAGCACUCUUUGUGAGCAUUUGUCAGAAAAAGCACUACCUUUACAAACAAAAUGAUCGCAACAAAAGGCGACAGAAAAUAACUCAAAAGAUAGCCCAGGAAAAGAAACGGUUGCUGGAAGACAUCCAGAGAUACAACCAACAGCCUGAUGGUGACCUUGUGGACACAGAGUUAGUUGUGCAGAAACUCUCUAACAAAGCUGCAGAGAGCAUGAUCUGGCCUUGGCAGGAACAGAACACAGACGGUGUGGACAUCCUUACAAAGAAGAAGCUCUUUGACCACGUAAUGCUUGCCUCACGACUAAAAGAGGAAAAGCAGAUCCUUGUGAAGGAGAUGCUGCAGCACUGCCAGUACCUCAAGGACUCAGUGGCAAAGGUCCAGACACUGAUGGGCACUGUUUUAGUGAGCACACAGACAGGAAGCUUGCCAAAUGGAUUAACCGAGGAGGGGUCCAAGGGCCUCAUCAGUGCACUAAAAAGAAGACUGCAAGACCUGAGACUCCAACAGCAGACCAUAGCAGGCACCUACAGAUGCACUCUCAAACCAAGUAACAAGCUGGUGGAAGAGGAGGACAGGGAAAUGGAAGAAGACAUGGACUGGCAACGUGGCAACAGCUCGGAUGAUGAUGAUAGUGAUGAGGAGGAGGAUGCAGAGAAUUGAAUUCAAGUCACUUGGAUCUGAAUCAGUCAGUCACAGCUGUAAUCGCCUGAGACCUAACUGGAUAUACUGUAAUGUAUACUGUGUGUUCUCUCCCUUUGAUCUCUACCUGUAAUGGCCCAGGCGAGUCAAUUGCAACGAAGGCUGCCUCCAGAGCAUGACUGCAGCAGAGCACAGAGCAUUAUUUGUAAAUGAGUG